CCUUCCUCUAUAUAAAGGAGUAACGCCUUUCUGAUAUGUGUAUAUAGGAGCUAGGUUGGGAGACAAAGCAAGAUUGUCAUUAAUUCUGAGAAAAGAUCGAUGGCUAGCUUGGAAGAUAAUGAAGCAGCAAACGGGAAGAUCCUUAGCGACGCCUGGGAUUUCAAAGGCCGGCCCUCGGUCAGAACCCAGAGCGGUGGCUGGACCAGUGCCGCCAUGAUCUUAGGUGUGGAGCUGUGUGAGAGGUUGACAACACUGGGUAUAGCGGUGAACUUGGUGACAUAUCUCACGGGUACGAUGCAUCUCGGCAAUGCAGCCUCCGCUAACGACGUCACCAACUUCCUAGGCACAUCCUUCAUGCUCUGCCUUCUUGGUGGAUUCAUUGGCGACACUUUCCUCGGUCGCUACCUCACCAUCGCCAUCUUUGCUGCAGUCCAAGCCACUGGGGUAACCGUACUGACAAUAUCGACAGUGGCGCCUGGUCUGAGGCCGCCCAAGUGCGGAGACCCGGCGGGAGGAGGAUGCGAGAGAGCCAACGGGAAACAGCUUGGGGUGCUCUACUUGGGGUUGUACCUGACAGCGCUUGGAACUGGGGGGCUCAAGUCCAGUGUGUCAGGGUUCGGGUCAGACCAGUUCGACGAGUCAGAUCCGAAAGAAAAAAAGGCAAUGGCCAAGUUCUUCAGUUGGUUCUUCUUCUUCAUUAGUUUGGGGUCUCUGCUGGCAGUGACUGUGCUUGUGUACAUUCAAGACAACAUCGGGAGGGUGUGGGGUUAUGGGAUAUGCGCUGUUGCGAUACUAGCGGGCCUGGUCGUCUUCUUGGCUGGCACAUGGAGGUAUAGGUUUAAGAAGCUGGUGGGGAGCCCAUUGACUCAGAUAGCAGUGGUGCUGUGGGGUGCCUGGAGAAAAAGGGCCUUGGACCUGCCUUCUGAUCCCUCCUUGCUCUAUGAUGAUGUAGCAGCUCAUCACGAUGGACUCACCAGCAACAUCAAGCCCAAGCAGAAGCUGCCCCAUACCAAGCAUUUCCGCUUUCUAGACCGAGCAGCGAUCAUCGUGGAGGAGCAAAGCAAAUGGAAGGUAUGCACAUUGACGGACGUGGAGGAAGUGAAGAUGGUGGUGGGCUUGCUGCCAGUGUGGGCUACCACCAUCGUCUUCUGGACGGUGUACGCACAGAUGACCACCUUCUCGGUGUCACAAGCCAGCAUCAUGGACCGCCACAUCGGUCACUCCUUCCAAAUCCCCGCAGGAUCCCUAACAGUCUUCUUCGUUGGCUCCAUCCUACUCACAGUUCCCGUCUAUGAGCGCCUCAUCGUCCCUGUCGCUCGGCGGCUCACCGGCCACCCUCAAGGUCUCUCACCCCUCCAGCGCAUCGGAGUGGGGCUCACGCUCUCCAUCCUGGCCAUGGGGGCGGCCGCAUUCACAGAGCAGAAGCGGCUGAGAUCAGCGUGGUCAAACCCGGAGACAAUCCAAAAGGGGGCAGCCGUGCCACUGAGCGUGUUCUGGCUUGUGCCGCAGUUCUUGUUGGUGGGGUCCGGGGAGGCGUUCACGUAUAUUGGGCAGCUGGACUUCUUUCUAAGGGAGUGCCCCAAAGGGAUGAAGACCAUGAGCACAGGUUUGUUCCUCAGCACGCUGUCCCUCGGCUUCUUCGUCAGCUCUGUGCUGGUGACCAUCGUCCAUAAGGUCACGGGGGAGAGUGGGCAUGGUGCGUGGUUGCCCGACGACUUGAACCGUGGCAGGCUCUAUGAUUUCUAUUGGUUGCUGGCCAUGAUCAGUGUCGUUAACCUCGGGGUCUUCUUGGUCUGUGCCAAGUGGUAUGUCUACAAAGAUUGUAGGGCCGGCACAGCCGUAGGGGAUGACAGCAUCAACGGAUCCGUGGAGCUAGCCGAGGCCGAGGCCUGUUACCAUUAAUAAUGAUAUACAUAUUACUACAUAUCUUUUU